CCCCCCACUAGUUUUGGUCGAUUUUGUCCAUCGCUCCCGCUGCUGGAGGCUCACUCACCAUUUUAAACCCAGACCUUCUGUUUAAAGACUUGAUCCGAAGUGUGUUCAGUAUAAUCUGGACUUUUUUUUUUUUUUUUUGCCUCCCUUCCACGCUUGGAUUUUGUUCAGGUUUUUUUGCUCUGUUCUGGCUUAUGCCAGAGAAAGUUGAGAGAGUCCGGAUCUGGUGGGGUUCAUGGCACCUCAGUAACUCAGAAAUCUCCAGCAGUUAGUUGUAAAAUAAGGUUUAUUUAACCUGUCGGUUUUUACCUGCUAGCCUCUUAACUCCAUCAAUGUGUAUCAGUCCUCCCAAGGUAGCAAAGGUUAAAGAACUCGUUCUUGACAACUGUAGGUCAUACGAAGGCAAAAUCGAAGGCCUUACAGAUGAGUUUGAAGAGCUGGAAUUCUUAAGUACAAUCAACGUAGGCUUAACCUCAGUUGCAAACUUACCAAAGUUAAACAAACUUAAGAAGCUCGAGCUAAGCGACAACAGAAUCUCAGGAGGACUGGAAGUGUUGGCAGAAAAGUGUCCAAACCUCACGCAUCUAAAUCUAAGCGGCAACAAAAUAAAAGAUCUCAGUACAAUAGAACCGCUGAAAAAGUUAGAAAACCUGAAGAGUCUAGAUCUUUUCAAUUGCGAGGUAACCAACUUGAACGAUUAUAGAGAAAACGUAUUCAAGCUCCUCCCGCAACUCACAUACCUCGAUGGCUACGAUCGGGAUGACAAAGAGGCACCGGACUCUGAUGCAGAGGGCUACGUGGAGGGCUUAGACGACGAGGAGGAAGAUGAAGAUGAAGAGGAGUAUGAUGAUGAUGCUCAGGUAGUAGAAGAUGAAGAAGACGAGGAGGAAGAGGAGGAAGGAGAAGAGGAGGAUGUGAGCGGAGAAGAGGAGGAGGAUGAAGAAGGCUACAACGAUGGUGAGGUAGAUGACGAUGAAGAUGAAGAAGAGCCCGAUGAAGAACGGGGACAGAAGAGAAAACGAGAACCUGAAGACGAAGGGGAUGAAGAUGACUAAACUGAAUAACCUAUUUUGAAAAUUUCCUAUUGUGAUUUGACUGUUUUUACCCUGUAUUUCCCCUCCCCACACCCCCAACCUUUUUUUUUUCUUAUUUUUUCUUUUUUUUUUUUUUUUUUUUUUUUUUUUCUGAUUGUAAUGUUGCUGUGGGAACGAGAGGGAGAAGCAGACUGGGUGGGCAAGGGAAUAAAAUACUAUUUUUACUGCCACUCCUCCUCCUAUUCGUUUUAAAUUUUUUCUUUUUGUCCCUCUCUUAGUCCCUGUAACUGCAAUAGUAAGUAUAAACCAAGUGGUAAUUUGUUUCUUAUUAUUGGAGUGGAUAAUUUUAUAACUUCAAAAAA